AUGACCCGCUACCCGCACAAGCAACCUACGCCACUCGACAUUAACGACUCGCUAGCACAGAUAUCCGUGACAAAGCCGGACGCAGCCUACAAGUGCCGUGCGGACCUACUGGAAGCAAUCCGUCGCACCAGACGCAUUCUUGUCCGCUUCGAGAAGCAAUUGGACACGGCUCAGCGCUCCGACUUGCGCAAACACAUCAAGACUCGGCUUGUGGCGCACGCUAGCGGUUUGCUCAGCUUUGAGAGCACUGUGAGCCUGCGCAUCUCACGCGAGAUUUCCAAGCACACAAGCAAAACCGCCCGAGUCCCGUAUUCUGGACCACCAGGGUACAAGGUCGUGCUCGUUCGUCAACAACCGACUGCCAAGUCAACUAAGUCCUGGAAGCCCGGAUCAAAGGUUAUCAAGAAAAGUACCAAGACCAUAGCUCCGCCAAGUACAAUUAACUAA